AAAAUUUUUUUCUUCAUGAUUGGGGUUGGUAAAAUUAAAUCAUGGGUUAUUAUUUCUGCAAAACCCUAAUUUUGUUAAGAGGUAGUUUAGCAGCCUCAAAAGGCCUCAGAUUUCUUCAAAUCCACCUGCUGCUGCAAACCCCAUUUUCGAUCAGAUAUGUCUCAGGAAAUGCAGCAGAUAAACACUCAUUUACAGUCUCCUACCUCAUAAAUUCAUGUGGGUUUUCUCCCCAAUCUGCUCUUUUGCUAUCCAAAAAACUCCAAUUGAAAACCGAAAAGCCUUCAGACUCAGUCAUUAGCUUUUUGAGCAAUCAUGGGUUCUCGCAGACCCAAAUCCGAAGCUUCAUCCGGAAAUGUCCGAACUUACUUUUGUGCAAUCCUGAGAAAUCCCUUUUGCCCAAAUUCAACUUCUUUUACUCAAAAGGUCUUUCAAGGCCCGAACUUGCAGCACUCCUGUCAAAACACCCUUAUGUCUUGCGAAGGGGUUUGAUUUCCCACAUUAUCCCCAAUUAUAACUUCUUCAAGAAUUUGGUCGGCUCUGGAGAUGAUAAGGUUUUGUUGGCUUUCAAGCGUUAUGCUGGCGUUCUAUGUGGCGAUUUUAAGUCUUUAGCUCCUCCAAAUAUCUCGUUACUACGAGAACAUGGUGUGGCUGAGUCUGGUAUUGUGAAUCUACUGAUGAAUCAGCCUAGAGUCGUCCAGGCGAAGCAUGAUAAGUUUAGCAGUGUCGUCCAAGAAUUAAAAAAGAAGGGUUUUGAUCCCAGGAAGUACGCUUUCUUGGAUGCUAUUUCAGCUAUGCUACAAAUGAGCAAAGGAACCUUGGAAAGGAAAUUCAAUGUUUACAGGGAGUGGGGCUGGUCUGAGGAGCAGGCUCUUCAUGCUUUUGAGAAGUUUCCUUAUUGCAUGAUUUAUUCUGAGUACAAAAUUACUACAGCAAUGGAUUUUUUAGUCAACAAGAUGGGUUUGAGUCCUUCUUACAUUGCUGAGAUACCAACUCUUCUCUCAUACAGUUUGAAGAAGAGAAUCAUUCCCCGUUGUUCUGUCCUUCAAGCAUUGGUGGCCAAAGGUUUGAUUAAGGAUGGCUUUAAGAUGAGCACUGUGGUAUCCAUUACUGAAGACAAGUUCCUACAGAAGUAUGUGACUUGUUAUAAGGAAGAAGCUCCCCUGUUGAUGAAGUUAUAUCAGGAAAAUUUAAGUCUGUCAAAAUGACCGAACAUCAAGCACUAUAAUUGAGCAAAGUCUUCACCACAAAUCUUGAUAAGUUCAGAGGCAUUGUUCAAGAAGUAAAGAAGGUGGGUUUCAAUCCAGUGAAUGCAUUCUGUUAGCUGUUGUAAUCAUGGUAUAGAUGAGCAAAUCAACAUUGGAAAGGAAAUUUAAUGUUUGCAUGGAAUGGGUCUAGCCUAAGGAGCAGACUCUUCUUGCUUUUGUGAAGUGUCCUAACUCCUGAGUUUAUGACUCCACACUUGUCCAAUUUUGUCAUGGAUUUUUUACCUAACAAGAUGGGUUUGAGAUCUUCCUAUGUUGUUGAGAGGCCAGUUCCUUUUUCAUACAGCUUGAAGAGGAGAAUCAUUCCUCAUUGCUCUGCCCUUCUUGUUUUAAUCUUCAGAGGUUUAGAUCAAGAAUGGCUUUAAUGUGUACAGCAUUGUAUCCCUUAAGUUUCUUGCUUAAGUUUGUGAACUGUUACAAGGACAAGGCUCCCCGGUCAAAGUAACUGGAUAUUGACCAUGUGAGCUGAAUUUGUUGCUUUAAUUUACAGCUUAGCUUCACUUGUUAUCAUUAUGCAAUCCAUAUAACAGGGAUUCUUGUUGUGAUUUUGUUCUUUGUAUUGGAGUCUUGGAGUAUACUUGAUUCACGCUGCAUUUUAGAUUCAGUGAUUACUGUGUUCUUGUUUCGUGAUUAUAUCUUCAAACUGCAUAAUUUUGUUUUGUGGUUCAAAAGUCUAACUCCCUAGUAAACAUGAAUCAUUCUGUAAUAGUUUGUUGUUAGGAAUUGUGAUUAUGCAUUAUUCUAAACAUGACAAUAUAAGAACUGUAAUGCU